GGGUUCCUUUUUCUCUUGUGUUUUCCCCACCUUUCGGUGCAUCGGUCUGUUGGGUUGCGUCCGUCUGUCGGGGUCGCUCUUCGUGGCCGCAGUAGGUCAAAGAAAUCUCUCCAUUUCCAGUCGGACAGUAUCCACGGAGCAAAACUGCAAAAGCAUGUGCUGGAGCUAAAGCGGCGUACGUAAAGCGACGGGUUUGGAUAGCACUAUGUUGCCACCGAAAAAGAGAUGAGGAAAACACGUCCUGCCCCGCAAAGAAAACAUGCCGCGGCGUGGCUCCCGAGCAAAUAUUGGCGAACAGCGUACACUCCCGUUCAGUUCAAGGCCCCCUCGCUGUACUGAAAGUCUGAAGAAACUGAUCCCAAUCCCCGGGUCGCCAUGGGCUCCUACCACUACAGCUCUACCUCGCAAUUCUUCUACGCCGCCGCCGGCGAAUCCAACCCAAAUCCCAGCCCGACCGUCCACAAACCCGCCACAACCGUGCGGAUCCCCGUAACCUCCCCUCCGGCUCCGGGGAAAUCGCCGGCCGCGGCGGCGGCAAAGAUCCAGGCAGCCUUCCGGGCCCACCUCGUCCGGAGGCACGUGGCGGCCGUCCGCUCCGCCGACGCCGAGGCUUCGCGGCUCGAGCGGCUGCUCCGGCGGCAGGAGACCGUGGACGCCGUCCGCGGCGACGAGCGCGAGCGCGCGCGCUUCUCGGAGGCGCUCAUGGCCGUGCUGCUCCGCCUGGACGCCGUCCCGGGGUACUACCCGGCCGUGCGGGAGGCACGCCGCGCCGUGAGCCGCCGCGUUGUCGGCCUCCAGGAGGUGUUCGACUCCGUGCUCGCCGCCCCCGAGGCCGACACGUGCGGCGUCCCGGCGAGCCUGGAUCAGGUCCUUGAAGGGAUCUGGGGCCCUAGAGAGACGCCGGCGGCGGCGGCGGUGGUCGUGGAAGAGGAGGUGAGGAGGAGCGGCACGUGCUGGGGGAGGUUUUUCGGGGUGGUCUAGCGUGGUAUACCAAAUAAAAAUACGUGUAUUUCGUGUAUGCGUGACUGAGACUGUGAGAUGAUCGUAGUAUACCAAUUAUACCAAGUAUAUAUACGUGUAUUCCGUGGAUGUGUACCGUGGAAGUACAAUGAUACGAACACGAAGCGAAUACCUAUACUGAUACAAGUGCUCUGCUGCUUUAA